UUGAGUUCCUUGGAAUGAAAUUGUAUAUGUUCUUUAGUCUUUGGUUUGUUCAUUGCUGAUUGUAUUGAUUUUGUAGUCUUUUUAGGAUUUAAUAGAAAAAAUGGCAGCAACUUCAAGCUUCUCUGGUUUAGAAGGUCAGAAAGAUGAACACAAUUCUGACAUGGAGGAAGACAUGGAUCUAACUGAAGAUGAUUUCAGAAAUGUCUCUGGCCAGUUUUCAAGGGAUUCAUCGAUAACAGCAGUUAGGGAUGCUGUAAAUGUCAGUGUUGAAACCGUUAAAGUGGAUGUUAGCUCUAAAACUGGUGUUAAAAGAGCUAGAACAAUCUCUAACGAACACCAACCUUCCGUUAAUGUUACUUAUAAACAUUUAACAAGAGCUAGCAAGCAGAAACUGGAAAGUUUAUUACAGCAAUGGUCAGAAUGGGAAGCAGAACAAAGUUCUCUUCUUUGCCAAUCUGAUCAGGAUCAAGAACCAGCACAGCAAUCUGGUGAGGAGACUUAUUUUCCUGCUUUGCGUGUGGGAUUGCAGAAUACAUCAUCUGUGUCAUUUUGGUUCGACUGCAAAACUGGUCAGGACUCUUUAAAGGAGUUUAUUCCAGUGGAAAGCAGCACUACUCCUCUUUAUAACCGAAAAUUCACAGGUUUAGAUUCAACCGUUGGCUCAAGUAACGUGGAAGGAGGCUUGGAGAUUAUUGAUGAUGACCCUCCACGUUGCUUCAACUGUGGCGCAUACAGUCAUUCAUUGAGAGAAUGUCCAAAGCCUUUUGAUCGAUCAGCGGUUAGUAAUGCACGGAGACAGCAUAAAAGCAAAAGAAAUCAAACGUCUCGUCUACCGUCUCGGUAUUAUAAGAGCGCUCAAGGUGGAAAAUAUGAUGGCUUGAAGCCUGGCUCACUUGAUCCAGAGACUCGUCAGCUUCUUGGUCUAGGGGAACUUGACCCUCCUCCGUGGCUUCACAGGAUGCGAGAGAUUGGAUAUCCACCUGGAUAUUUAGCUGUGGAAGAGGAUCAUCUCUCUGGGAUCACUAUAUUUGAUGAGGAAGAGACUAAACCACCAGAAGAAGAACAAGAAGAAGGGGAAGUAAAGGCUGAGGACGGUGAGAUAUUGGAAGUAGCAGCAAGCUCUUCAGAGCCGCAAAUGAAGAUGACAGUUGAGUUUCCUGGUAUAAACGCUCCUAUCCCAGAGAACGCAGAUGUAUGGCGAUGGCAACAGAGGAAAGACACAGUGCAUGCUUAUCAAGAUCACCAAUUAAGAGGCGUUAUGGGACCUCCAGGUAUCGAACUUUCGUCGAGUUAUCCUCCAAGGUAUGGUGGCAUUAGAUACGAUCAUGGGUUUGGUUCAAUAGCAAGAAGCCCUGGCUCGGAAUCAGAAAGAAGGUAUUACUACUCUCCUUAUAAUCAAGAUUUGAGGUAG